AUGGAAAGCUUGGCUCUGCGACAUUCAUCAAUUGCACAGCUUCGGCGCUGCAUGAGGGCAUCAUCUUGUCCGCUAUAUCUUGAUUUUUUGGCUCCACACACCCGUCAACGCCAGCGCCGCUGCGCUUCUACUCAUGAGUCCGCUCCGUCACCGAAGCCUCGAUAUAUCCUCAGCAAGCAACAGCGAGAAUAUCUUGAGAGUGCUCUGCGAGUCAAUCAAGCCGGGGAGAUUGCCGCCACAUUGAUCUACAAAGCGCAAACACCGCAGGUGGUACGGUCACAUCCUCAUCUUCGACCUUUGAUGAAACACAUGUACGAACAAGAGGCUGGUCAUUUGAAGACGUUCAAUCAACUAGUGGCGAAGCACGAGAUCCGCCCAACAGCGAUGUAUCCGGUCUGGCACGCUGCGGCCACAUUCCUCGGUUGGUCCACAGCCGCUCUAGGUCGGGAGGCGGCCAUGGCAUGCACCGAAGCAGUUGAGACGGAGAUCGGGACACAUUACAACGAUCAAGUGCGGGAGAUUCUCUCCUGGGAAGCCGACGCCGAGCGGCGGGGGGAAGAACUGGAUGAUGAGUUGAAGGAAAUGCUGGGGAUAUUCCGUCGUAUCCGCGAUGAGGAGUUGGAGCAUCUCGAUCACGCUGUGGCCAAUGAUGCCAAGGAGGCCAAGCCAUACGAUCCGCUCGUCGAUGUGAUUCGGCUGGGUUGUCGAACCGCUAUCAAGAUCAGCGAGAAAAUCUAA